AUGGCUCUCAACUUGCUAAUGUGUAUCGCUAUUGCGAUAUCUCUAGGAACAAGGCCCGUUUCUGGUGGGUCUUUAAGUGACAUCGAGCAUGUCGUCAUCUUCAUGCAGGAGAAUCGCUCGUGGGACACGUAUUUUGGGACUAUGCCUGGAGUCCGGGGUUUCAAUGAUCCCAAUGUACAGGUCAACUCUGACGGAAACUCGGUCUGGCACCAACUAGUCGAGCCGGCCCAGUCAAACAAGACCAAGACCUUGUUACCCUGGUAUCUUGGAUAUCAAGGUGGCGACUGGCAUGAUGCGAUUCAGUGCAUGGUCGCAGGGAGCAACGGCUACGAGGAGAACCAGCAAUCCCUAAACAACGGGUUGAACAACCAUUGGGUGACUAAAAACACACCCUGGAGCUGGGGCUACUUGAAACGGCAAGAUAUUCCAGUUCAAUUUGCUAUUGCUGAAGGUUGGACAUCGGGAGACAUGUAUCAGGAAAGUCAAAUCACUGCCACCAAUCCCAAUCGGGUUACUUUGGUCAGCGGCUCUAUCAAUGUUCCUGGGAGUCCCCAGGACAAGGACCAGGGAGGCGUGUAUAUUGACAACAAUGAGGUACCAGGCUGUGAUAACCACGGUAUUAACUGCUACCCACUCAAGUGGAAGACUGUCUAUGACUUUUACGAAGAGGCGGGAGUCUCUUGGCAGCUUUUCCAAGACACAAACAACUUCGACGAUAACCCUCUGGCUUGGUUCCAGCAGUUUCAAAGUGCCUCUAAAAAUAGUCCUCUGGCCAAAAAGGGCUGCCGCCAACGGCACAUUGCCGAGGUCAGCUUCAUUGUUGGUCCGUCCGAGCUUUCUGAGCAUCCGCCAUACAUGCCAAAGGAUGGAGCCUGGCUCCAGAAAAAGAUCGUCGAUGCCGUCACCAGUAGCCCUAGGUAUAACUCGACGCUUCUGAUGAUCAGCUUUGAUGAGACUGGUGGCUUUGGCGACCAUGUCACCCCCUUCCACUCCCCUAAGAACACCCCGGGAGAGUGGAUGCAGGAUCCCCUGGGUAUGUUCUCGGAUAUCUUUGUGGGGCCCGGUUUCCGAGUACCGUUCUAUAUAAUCUCUCCCUGGACCCGAGGAAACCGCGUAUUCACUGAGCGGGCAGAUCACAACUCCCAGAUUCUCUUCGUUGAGGAAUGGCUGACAGCACGGGGAUACAAGAAUAUCACAACCGAUCAGAUGGUUUCAUGGAGACGGGCGCACAUGUCUAAUCUAGUCAACGCGCUUGAUUUGGACCAUCCUGACUACUCUCUCCCGGAUCUUCCGGAUGCCGGGACCCUGGAUACCAACGAAAAGGGCGAGUAUACUGGUACAUCUAACUGCCAGGCUCGUCACAAGCAGACACGUCCAGAUGUACCAUACGGAGAACAGAGCAAUGCAACGGAUGUCAAUACACUGUGGUUUGAAGAGGGUUUCAAAGAGGUGGUCGGCUACCUCACCGAGGGUCGAUACCUAGUCUUUGAGAAAAAUGGAGCAGCCAUCACAAAUCCGACCAGGGGAAGCAGCCUUGUAACCAGCGACACAAGCCCUCAGCACAACAAUAAAUCCCAGCGUUGGAUAAUCCACUACAACGACGACGAGGAAAGUCAUACCUUUACCAUCUCCAGCGCACUGGAUGGAAGAUGGGUCGGCCCUGGUGGUGCUUUGCUUCCCAAAAGCCAGAGUGCAAAUGCAGCUCAAGUGCAUUUCACCUUCUUAGGUGGUGGCCUUGGCUAUACCCUGCAGUUUGUGGAGAAAGGGGGGUACAUUGAUAUUGACAAGCUCGGGAACCUGAAUGCUGAAGGUGCUAAACCUACCAGAGGCUACAAGGUCUUCAGCGUCUCCUUCCGGGAUUAG